UCCGUUGUCCUCUUCGGUCUUUGUGUUGUUGUCAGGCAGAAACACACAGCAGCAGCAGCAGGGUGGCGCGUGUCCUGAUUCACAGGCACCCCAACAGGAUUAAACAAUAGAUAGACAUUUAUUGUUGUUGUCUGUUACAAUAGUUAGGUGUUAUUUAUCAUUCUGUUAACCAUGUCGGUGAGUGUGGAGUCUGGGUUCUCCAGUGAGGAGGUGUUGAACAGCCGCUUCCCUCUGCACCGGGCGUGCAGGGAUGGAGACGUCGGCGCCCUGUGCUCGCUGCUCCAGAGCGCCUCCAACCCGGCGGACCUCUCCGUGGAGGACACCUUCUACGGCUGGACGCCCAUACACUGGGCCGCGCAUUUCGGGAAGCUGGAGUGUGUGAUGCGUCUGGUUCAGGUGGGCUGUGGUGUGAAUGCGGUGACCUCCAGGUUUGCACAGACGCCCACUCACAUUGCUGCAUUUGGGGGCCACCCUGAGUGCUUGUUAUGGCUACUCCAAGCUGGUGCAGAUAUUAACAGACAGGACUAUGUGGGUGAGUCGCCCAUCCACAAGGCUGCUCGUGCGGGCAGUCUGGAGUGUAUCAACGCUCUCUUGAUUCAGGGAGCGAAAGCUGAUAUGAGGAAUGCCAGUGGGCUGACUGCUGCUGACUUGGCCCACGCCCAGGGAUUCCAGGAGUGUGCUGAGAUUCUCUCCAAUGCUCAAAACUUCCAACAAAACAUGGCCCAGUCCCAUAACGGGGCUUUUCUGAAUGGCAUGACCCAGAAUGGGGGCCACGCUCGCCCCACUAUCCAGGGACGAAGCUUCUUGAAUGGCGUGCCCAACAGAAAGAGGUCGUUUGAUGGCAUGGAAGCAAACUCAGUGAAGAAGGCUAGACCUAACGGUCUGGGCAUGCCACCAGAGUUGCUGAAUGGAAACGUGUCACUGGGUGGCGCUGGAGAGGCCCAGAUGGAAAGCAUGAACAUGGAGUUGGCAGCGACUGUAACCUCAGUGGCAGGUGAGGAUUUUUCCUCAAAAAGUCACAAUCAACCACAGCUUCCAUUUGGGUGUGACCCAGCAGCAGAAUUCCUCCAUGGCCAACCCAUCUACAGUGAUUCAUCUGAGAACAACAGCACUGCAGGCAGCCAGGUGGAGCACCAGAAGUCUGUGAAAGCAGAGCAGUUGUAUGACCAUGCCUUCUUCACCACCAUGCUUCUUUAUCAUGGAUCCUAAAGUACAACAUAUUUAGUCGACAGGCCGUCCUUUUUGCCUGAAUGUCAUAUAAGCUUAAACAAGCAUUAAUUUGCCUUAAAACCAUUGAGUGGUCCAGUUAUUCAUUGAAUUUUUUGUUUUGUUUUUGGAAAAGGGCAGGCCCAUUGCUGUGGAUGGACUGAAACAUGUAACUGAUUAAUUGUUGAUGUGGAUGUUUUUUGUUUGUGUUGUUAAAGAGAAAAAGUUUGUUUAAAGUUUGAUUAAGCUGUAAAUAGCCCUGUUGUGAUAUACACUAAACUAAACAUCUGUAUUGAACCACUGCCAAUAUUUACAUUUGGUUUAUGUCUCAACUGGAAGUGGUAAAGUACAUCCCAUGUUACUCAUUAAGAAUUAAAAAAAAAGUUUUGCAAAAGUUAAA